AUGAAUAAGAAAUUAUUGCUCGUUCUCUUGUUGAGUCUUUCGUUGACAUCAAAUACGCAUGCUCAAGUCACUGCCACACCCAAGGCAAGAGUGGCGAGAGUGGCCACUGCUGAUGUCAACAAGGGUAGUUGGUUCGAAGUGAUGGCCCAGACGACCAACAAAGCCUAUUCAACCCCAGUAACCUACUUCCAAGACCUUCCAGCUGAUGGAGCCAAGUUCAUGGAUGGCUUAAAGGCGGCAGUGGUGGCACUCACAGCAUGUACACCAACAGAUUGUCCAAAUGCAGUCAACGCCAUCAACGCAAUGAUGGCAACGUUUAUCGACAAAUCAAGUUCGACCCAGUUCAUCGACAGUUGGUUCAUGAAUGAUUUGAGAGGAGCUGUUGGCAAAACGUUGGAGUCAUACGAUGCUGCUCAAGUCAAGAUCAGGUUUCGUGCUGUCAGCUCACUCUUGGCCAAUCUUGCAAAGAGUGUCGAGAGUCAACUCAAACUCAACACAGAGACAACUCGCAAGGCAGUUCGUACUGCAUUCAAGACACUCGAGAGCAGACUACGAAUGAUCAUCGACACCAACUUUGAUCCGAACCCUAUACACAUUGCCGAGCUGCCACAAUACACGAUGGCUGCCACGGUCUACUUUAUGAUUCAGUCUCAGUUCCAGAGGUUCGCCACUCAAUGGGGAUUCGACAGCACUGUGAUUGAUGCUCAGAGUCGGAACUUGAAGACAUGUCUGGUCAAGUACACCAACCAUACUCGUGCCACAUUUGACUUGGCUGUAGCCAAGAUUGCACUUGAGCCCGAGGAAGGUCUGAUGGCCGGACAGAACAAAUAUGACCGAGUGAUACAGCUCCGCCGUGCAAUCAUCCCAGCCGUAUUUGACUUUGUCGCCAUGUGGUCGCGCAUGGAUGGAUCUGUGUUCCCCUCUGGCAGCUACUCUGAGCCCGUUCGCAAGUUGUUCUCGCCAACUGCUGGAUUUCUCACUGAUUGGUAUCACCUCAGCAUAGACGCUGAUAAUGAAUUAGUUCCAGGAGAAGCCACCUAUCAACGAGCUGAGGAGUUGUUCCAUUUGUCAGAGUAUGAGAGCUACCUUGGACAACUCACUCAGAUCAGGUUCAUCCAAAACCGUAAACAUCUCAUUGCUCUGAGAAGGAAAAUGAAGAGAAACCAGGCUUUCAACACAGACAUGGACUAUGCAAAAGCUAGCAGACUAUAUGAUGAUGAUGCAGGUCUUCCCAACAUUAUCACAACAUUCCAGCUAGGUUCAACGAUCAACGACCAGAACAUCACACUGGUCAGCUCUGCCUUCCCCGACCUAGUGGAGUCCACCAAUCCAGGAUCCAAAUUCACGGUGCAUUUCGAUGGAUUUAUAUAUAAGCGUCCAGGAUGUUGGAGACAUAGGGGAAAGGCUAAUCUAAGCACACCUGUGGGAGACAUCUGCCUGUUCGCGGAGGAUUGGGAGGUGCCGACCAAGAACAACACAGACUUCUCAGUUUCAGUCCACAAGCUCAAUGACAUCUUCGCAUGGUACAUGGACAAUGAGGAAGCAGAUAAGAUUGGACUCGAUGUAAUCCAGGCCGCAUUCAUACCCAAGGAGGUGUUUCCAGAGAAUGUCCUGCUCCCCAAGGUGACCACGAUGAUCAACGCCCAGAAAUACAUGACCAACAAUAUUGGCAGCGUAGUCCUGGCCAAGGACGACUUCACCAUUGGUUCACAUUCAAUCAAGAUGCCAUCAGGCAGUGCAUUGAUGUACUUCUUUGAAGCAUCGGGAGCUGAUAGAUCAUUCAACAUUGGACUCUUUGCCAAGGCACCCGCAAAUCCUGCAACAGUGUCCAUCUACCGUCAAGUUGGCCCAGCAGGCAGAACUUUGAUCACAACCAUCUCUAUCCCAGUGUCUGGUGAUUACAAGUCAUACGUUGACAUUAGUACCGUCGUGCCCAUCAAGAAGGAUCCAUACACCACAAAAGACUACAUCGUAAUCCAAACCAACGCCGUCAUCUAUUUGAACGCUGUCACAUUCAAUCCAGUUGUCUAA